GCAAAGGGAAGAGAGCCGGGGCCAGCAACGCUCGUGUUUGCAUGGAGCCUCGGGCGCCGCAGACGGGCUUUCCGCCAUCUCCAUGCCGACGACGCGGGAGCAGAACUUGGGGAGAAUCCCGUUUCCCGCCCGACCCCGUAUUCUGCCAGGGGGGUCGUCUGAAUGAAGAACCCGAGCGGCGUUUCCCCGCUUUCUGAUGAGGCCUCUCGACCGCCCGCAGCGCUGCCGACCGGGGGUCCGAGUGGCUUUGGUGACUUUGUGCCUGGCCGCCCAAUGGGCUCUGCAAACUCAAGGAGGAGAAAUAUCCUUACUAGUCUCACAGCCAAACAUCAAUAGUUCGGUGGCCGAGAACGUUUUGCUGUCAGUGGCCUACAGCGGUGAGACAAGCCCAGUGAUUGAGUGGAAACACACAUCAGCAAGCGGCACCACCAAAAUAGCCGAAUGGAAGUCUGGUGUUUAUGCCAAUAUAUCCAGCAGUUACAAAGACAGAGUAAACAUUUAUGAUAAUGGCUCUCUGCAGCUCCUGAAGGUGGAUUUUAAAGACUCCGGUUAUUACUUAGUCACGGUGAGAGACGAAUUGGGAAUCAUCCUAUAUGGGACCAUCCUGUUGAAUGUUUAUGAAAUUCUCUAUGAAGACUUGCAUUUUGUGGUCGUCUUCUUUGCCUUUUUGACCGCUGCUUCCGCUGUUCUGAUCUGCUUGAUAUGGCUGUGCAAUAAAUAUGUGCACUUUCUGCAAACAGAGAGGCAGCAACUCCAAGUAAGCGAAACUGAAGAGACCGAGCUUCAAACAAUGGGGUGUUAGCUGUGCAAUGCUGUAGAAUUGGCGCAAAUCAGUUUUCUACCUCAAAAAGAAGCAAAGCAUGAAAAACAUGGUUGGCACACAAAAGACUGGGCACAUCCAUUUUGUCAAAUUGAUACAAGAAGGUUCGAGAAAUGCGGUCCUUUCCAUAUUGUAAUUUAUAAUGGACUCGUUUCAAAAAAAGACCUGCACUUCCCACAGUUUUGCUCAAACAUUCACAAGACAUCUAAGUGAUAGUAUCAAGAGGCUACGAUUCAAGAGAACAUGCCAGAAGCAAAGCUACAACAGCCUUGAAUUCAUACAAUAGAAGCCCACACUUUUUAAAAAGUGACCCGGUAAUUUCCUUGCAUCGGGGUGAAGUCAGGGUGACUGAACGAAGCGCAAGCAUUUACUGGCCGGAUGCCCUUCCUGAUGCCUACAGAGUUGGCAGCAGACAAUAACUCAUUGCCCGAGAGAGAAAUAUCUGCUGCUACCUAGGAUCGACGGCCCAGCCUCCUAAUUUUGAGGUGAGAGUUCCACGUCUAGGCCAGUAGAAGACCACA